AUUCAAAAUCGUGUGGUGUACAAGGAGAAAUUUACUCAGUAAAUCAAGUUUAUUUUACAAAGAAUGUUGAUAUUGGGUUGGGGGGGGAUAUCAAGAUAGCCAACAAGCCGAUACUUCCACGUAUAUAUCUGUUGUUCUACCGAUAGCCGUUGACACCAGGGCUUUUGUUAACACUUCACAUUGAAAUUGACCCUGGCCCUGCGUGGGGGGCCAAGAGGGCGGUGUUUUCUCAAACCACAGACAACAAAAAAAACUGGUCGGCGGCGAUUGACAAUUUCCUGAAGAGAGGUCGGCCUUAUCACUCCUAAAUCUCUCUUCAAAGUGUCCUAUCUGGAGUGAACCCAAGUCGGCAGGAAUCCGUGCAGGCACGUAAAGCACAUUGUUCCAUGGACACAUAAUGGAAUUACUAAGUCACCUGUGAGAGAAGCUGGAACGAAGGCUCUAUGCUGUGCGCUUUACCACUCCUAUAGUGAGUGACCUCCUCUUGGAAAACGAUUUUAUACCAAAUACUUCAGGUAUGAUUCAGAGGAAGGAGGUGGUACUCUCAGUCCUAGGGGAGCUGCAGGAUGCCACAGAGAGCUCCGGCCUGGACGCACUCACCAGGGUAGCACUGGAGGUCCACCAGGUCCUGGCCCCCUUCACCCUGCCUUACUCACCCUGCCAUGAGUUCCCUGACUGGGCAGGCAUCGACGGCGUGGCCCAUAGCCUGUACCCUGCUGACGCCCCCGGAGGCCUCCUACCUCUGGUCUGUAAGGGAGAGGGGAACCUGCUGUUUGAUGCAGCCAGCAUGUUGCUAGUGGGGACUACUAUUCUCAGUCUGGAGCUACAGGUACGUACGGUGGUGGAGAUGCUGCUGUGGAAGAGAUACUACCUGGGUGGUAUGAUCGACUCGAAGGUGAUGCUGCAGGCAGCCAGGUUCAGCCUGUGUGCCGAGGAGUCCCAGGACAUGCUCAACCUCCCCCUCUCAGUCCUCGAAGCUAUCUUCGACGCCGACGUCAAAGCCUCUUGCUUCCCUGGCUCCUAUGCUAACAUGUGGCACCUCUACGCUCUUUCCUCCGUCCUCCAGUAUAACAUCUAUUCUAUCUACCCCAUGUACAACCUCAAGAUACGACCCUACUUCAACCGCCUGAUAAGACCGAGGUCCUACCCCAAAGACACGGAUCCUAUCACUAUACACAUCAUGUGGUCCGGAGAGCUGGAGGGGGGAUCUUCCAGGUUCAGACCUAGAGUCUUUGUAGCAUUAGUCCAUUCUAGUGACCUCCAGAUGGGCAGUCCUAACGACGAGCAGAGGGUCCCCCCUCUGAAGACACUGGAGCUUCUCAACCAGGACUCUCACCUGUCCUACUCCAGUCUGAAGGAAAAGUACAACAUCACCAAGAGUACCUUCUACCGCUGGAGACGGCAGACGCAGGAACACCGCAAAAGAUCUGCUGCCAGGUACGAGGCCAAACACUUCCUCCAAGCGUGCUAUCUGGAAGGGAAGCUCAUCCCUCUGCAUCAGUUCAAAGAGUUCUUCCCUGAGAUCUCCAGGUCCACCUACUAUGCAUGGAAGCACGAGCUGAUCUCAUCUGGCGGUAGUUUCUCCACGUUCUCCACGGGCGAGGUGAGUCCAGGGGACAGCACGGAGCAGGAGUCCUGGUCCUCCCCAGAGUCCAAGCUCGGGCAGGUGGAAGACCACGAGGUAGAGCCAGACACAGAGCAUCACGACAGCGUGGCCAGUCUGUUCGGCCUGAACUACAACAAUGAUAAGAUGGAUGGAGAGCGAGCCCAAAACAUGGCACUGAUGCAGGAGGCCAAGAAGGUUCUUCAGAACUGCAUCGCUAGGAAUACAUCGUUCCCCUUCCGCAUCUUCAAGAGGAGCUUCCCUGGGAUCUCCAGGUCGACUUACUACAACUGGAGGAGAGAGGCCAUGCUAUUUAACCGUGGCUACAAGGUCGGAAGCAGUGAAAACAGCUUGGACACGGAUAAGAGUAGUCCAACUGGUGGUCUGUCCCCUAUCGGGGGGACUGAGAGCCAUGGUCAUGCUGCCACGGUCUUCCCCAGAGUUAAGAUCUAUAGAAACAACCAUAAAGGGUUCAGGAUGGUGUUCCUACGCAGGAAGAAGCUCAGAGAAGCUGCCAAGGUGAAGGUGUGGAGGUCAAAAUGGCCUCUGUCUAGGUUCAGAGUGAAGUACCCCUCCCUGUCCCUCUGUUUCUAUUGGCUGUGGCGUAACGGCCCCAGUGGAACCAGGAAGGAGGAAAUCACCACCCCGUCUCUAGAGAUGGACACGUCUGAGAUUAUUAUAGAGAACAACAACAACAACGCAGUGAAAGAGAAUGGGAUGAUGAUGGCAGAGUGUGACAUAAAGACAAAGGCUCCAAUUCAGGACGUGUUCUCCUUUGAGGGGGACCGAACAGAGGAUCUGAGAGGCCCCGUCACCGUGACAUCUGCCUUCGACACCCCCCUCCCCAACCCAACCAAGAUGUCCGCCGCCGCCGCCGUUCCCACAGACGACCAGAUGUUUGUUAUGGAUCUGGUGGCCCUGGCCAACUUCAAGGCCAAGGCCAAAGUCUUCCUGCAGCAACGCUUCGAGGAGAAGUCCUUCCCCACAUUCAAAGAGUUCAGGUCCUUCUUCCCCCUGACUCCCCGCUCCACCUACUAUAUGUGGAAGAGAGCCCUGCAUCACGGAGUGCCACUGGUACAUGGCUGAGCGUCAUGGCUGAGCGUCAUGGCUGAGCGUCAUGGCUGAGCGUCAUGGCUGAGCGUCAUGGCUGAGCGACAUGGCUGAGAGAGGACACUUAGUGUAAUGGUGGUCAUACACUCUGUUACACUACCUUUAAGCAGAAGGGUGUCCCUGUAACAAACUGAAAUGCUCUCUUGUCUGUAGUCUCUUCCGAAUCCUAAACUCUUUCCCCCCUCCCCCGUCACUCCCUUUAGAGUCCUCAGUAUCAACCCCCCACCCCUCCUCACCCACUUCGAAAUAAUGUAGAUUUUCCAUAAUUGUUUUCAACUGAGCACACUGUAACUGUUUGGUUUGAGGUUUGAGGUAUGCUUCAGCACCUGGGUGAAGUCUAAUGUAUUGAAAUGCAUCUUAAACACCAUGUUCUCCCUCCAUCUCUCGUCUCCAUUCCUGGCUCUCCUUUGUUCUCCUCCCUCCCUCCAUUCCUUCACCUAUCACCUUCAGGACAUGGACAUUUGCACAUCUGUGAAAAGAGACUGUCCUACAGUUCGAGUAAUGGGCCUCUGGCCUCUAGCAAAAGGCAGUUGAAAGUCAUCCUGAUGGUGACCAACCAGUGGGGGUUGAGUUUUUUAAAAUGGCUUCUUUGUUUGAGACUGGGUGUGUGUUCUUCUUCUCUUGUAUCAUCUUGGUUUUAAUCCCCUUCAGGAAGGACUCCUUUUAUUUCCCAGUUUUUUUUUAUUUUUAUUUUAUUUUAAAUUGUUUUCAGGUUCCUUCAGGAUGUAGUGUUUUUUUGUUAAUCCAUUUGAUGUCUGUCUACCUGUUUUGUAGGAUUCCUAGUGGUUUACAUUUUUUUUUAUAUGUGUUGUAUUGAAAGAAGUCUGGUUGUGUCAGGAAAAAGCCUUUUGUUUCAGAAAUUCAGUUUCUCCUCUUUUUUGUGUGUUUAAAACAUGCUCUGUACACACACACACACACACACAGUGUUUUGAUUCACCAUUUUUUUUUUUUUUUUUUACUAUUGAAUGUACAUCUAAAAUGAUGAUUUAACUUGGUGCAUCGCUGUUUGUGUUUCAGGGUCUUUACUUCAUCGUGAUUUGUAUAGCAAUAGAUGCUACGCUGAACAGGUAAUGACCUAUAGAUUGUCUCCUACUGUAAGGUAUUUUGUUUUUGCGCUGUGGUAUUUCAAUGAGAUACGGAACACAUCUCAACCAUCUCAAUGAUCCGUUUUUUUUAUUUCAUAUGUUACAGGGUUGUCUUUUCAAGACAGAUUUAUUUCAAUUUGAAUUGAAUUGUUUUCUAAUGAAUGUUUACAACACUUCUGGACUCGCUACCAGAAUAUGUUUAUAUGCUAAUUGGCCUAAUUACGUGUAUAUUUUCUUUAAGAAUUUCUAUAUUUUCUCUGUGAUUACCAUACCUUUUUUUUUUUUAAUAACUACCUAUAUUCAUGUUUUUCCUGGUAACCGUAAUGUGAAAAUAAUCUUCUCUCUAUUUGAAGUCCUAAAGCAUGGUAUAUUAGUUUUGUUAAAUCAUGUUUGUCUUAUUUGUUUUAUGAAAUGUGAGUUUCAUUUUAGUUAUGUUCCCAAACACAUUCUCUCAAAGAGUAUUGGUGUACCACUGCCAUCAUAGCAGCCAACAUGAUGUUUCCUAGUCUUAAUGUUUUCCUGCAGAACAUCAAUAAAACCACCCACUCA